AUCCAUCUCUACCAUUUUACAAUGUUUUCUCCCAAACCAUAACCAGGCCACGUGUCACACGAACCUGCGUAGCUAAUUCCUUCCUUCCCCACUCUCUCUCUCUCUCUCCCUCUGCAACUUUCCCUCUUUCCAGAUCUUCGCGGCGACAGAUCCAAAUCGGCGACUCACACCCCCCAACACAAGAGAUUACCAACUCCGACUUUGAAGCUCGAAAUCCUGCGAAUUGCUUCUCUUCCAAAAUUCUCUCUUCAAAUGUUUGAUUCAGAGCAUGUAACUCUCACCACAAUCUGAGAAUGGCAUCAAUCCGGCGAACUCUCUCGCCGCUCUACCACGAUCGUAACGGAGCCGCCGCCGCCGCCGCCGCCGCCGCACCAUUCUCCUCCCCCUCUCAGAAAUCCACCACUAAACACACCUCCUCGCAUCUCCUCUCCUUCCUCACAUCAACAACCGAUCCCAAAACCUCCCGCAGAGGUCCAUGGCGUCGUCCGUUAUUCCAAUUCCUCGCCUUCUUCCUCAUCGGCUUCCUCUUAGGCAUGACUCCCUACGGUCAAAUCGACGACAUCAACGCCACAGAUCGCUCCUCCUUCGAGAUCAAACCUCCCAACAACGCGAAACGAGAAGAGGUAAGCGUAGAUGGAGUAAGUUUGGUGGAGAUUGAGAAGACGAAGGAGCUUGUGCCGAGGAAGCUUGUGAUAGUGGUGACGCCAACGUACAAUAGAGCGAUGCAGGGGUAUUACUUGAACAGGGUAGCGCAGACGCUGAGGCUAGUGGAGCCGCCUGUGUUGUGGAUUGUGGUGGAAGGGGGAAAUGCGGCGUCGUUUGAGACUUCGGAGGUUUUGAGGAAGACUGGGGUGAUGUAUAGGCAUUUGGUUUGUAAGAGGAAUAUGACGAGGGUUAAGGAUAGAGGUGUUUAUCAGAGGAACACUGCUUUGGAACAUAUUGAGUUGCAUAGGCUUGAUGGGAUUGUUUACUUUGCUGAUGAUGAUAAUGUUUAUGAGCUUGAGUUGUUUCAGAGGUUGAGAGAGAUUAGGCGAUUUGGAACUUGGCCUGUUGCGAUGCUUGCGCCAAGCAAAAACAAGGCCAUCCUUGAAGGUCCAGUAUGCAAUGGAAGUCAAGUAAUUGGAUGGCACACUAAUGAAAAGAGUAAAAGACUACGAAGAUUCCAUGUUGAUAUGUCAGGGUUUGCUUUCAACAGCACUAUACUCUGGGACCCUAAAAGGUGGAAACGUCCUUUUUCACAUCCAACCCGCCAAUUAGACACGGUGAAGGAAGGUUUCCAAGAGACAACAUUUAUUGAGCAGGUGGUAGCAGAUGAAAGCGAUAUGGAAGGUAUUCCACCAGAUUGCUCUAGGAUACUUAACUGGCAUCUUCAUUUGGAUGCCCUAGAUGUCCCUUAUCCACAAGGGUGGGUGAUGCAGAAAAAUCUCGAAGCUGUCCUAACUGUGAGAUAGUCCCAAGGUCACAACUUUUGACUGGUAAAGAUUUAUAGGGUUAUCAACUUUUGAAGUCUCAGGUUUUCAGGAACUUAUAAGCAAAAAAGGUGAAGUUCAAGAAAGUUUGGUAUGUUUUUGAAAUUGGUGUAUUUAGUAUGAGAUGGAAUUAUAUUUUUUUUUCCUUUUGGACAUAUUCCAAUACACGGUCUGAGUCCAGACAACAAUGAACAAAGUAACGAGUCGUCGUUAACCAUCAUUGCAUAAUUGUUCAUAUCUGUGUCUCAAACGUUUACAAGUAUCUUCUCAAGAUUUAGAUAGCUUCAAACAACGGUGCUUCU